AUGGAUGUACUUGAGGAAAGCCAUAAAAGGCUUAGUAACCAAUUUGCAAAGGAGCUUACGAAGGUGCAACUCCAUCUACAGGGGAUGCGAAGUUCAAAUCUGAAGAAUCCUGUUGACAACACAAGCAAUGAGGCAGUGAUUCUUCCAUCUGAUGGUAAAGGUAACGAACAAGGUAGUGACAAAGGUGAUAGUGAUGGAGAUACUAUUGAAGAUGAAGCUCAUGAUCAGAAAGGAGGUAGUGAUGAAGGUGAUGAUGAUGGAGAGGAAGGAGACAGUGAGAAAGGUGAUGCUAAUGGAGAUAAAGUUGAUGAUAACAGUAAUGAUGAUGAUGGAGGGGAUGAAAUGAUUGACAGAUCACCCACCAAUGUUGUGUAA